AUGGAAGCAAUCGCCAACCCGCGCAUCACCUGCGUCUAUCUCAACUCGUACGUCGGCAAGAAUGUCAUUAUCGUCGGCAAGGUCAUCCAGCUGCGCGGCGAUGAGGCUCUCAUUGAUGCCGACGGCAACAUUACAGCUCACCUGAAUCGCGAGGCGCAUCUCUCGGCAGGCAACGGAGUCCAAAUUAUCGGCAAAGUCAAUCCGGAUCUCUCGAUCAAAGUGCUGAGCUCACUUGACCUCGGCACGGGCGUAGACUAUAACUUAGCCAACUCAGUCGUCGAAAUUUCACACCAGCACCGGAAUCUGUUUUCAUACGAUUAG